AUGUGCGCUCUGCUUCAACGUCUACAGCCGCCUCUCGCCGCACCUGUCUGCGGUUCACAAGGUGUCGAACGCGGACGAGAAGAAGCUUUUGCUGGCGCUCGCCGCUGGGCGCGUGGACAUGCGGAAGACGGCGUGCCCGGUGCCCGGCUGCCGGAGGACGCCGGCCCGCCUAGACAGACACCUGAAGCAGCACGCCGAGCUCUCCGUCUCGGCCAGGAAGGAGGCUAUGGGCCGAGCGAGGCGUCGGAAAGUGGCUCGAGAGUUGCGGUGGUUGCGGUCCACUCAACCGACGGUACCCGUGGUGUCUCGGCUGGCGUCGUCCUCCGAGGAGGAACGGGAACCAGACGGCCCGGAAGCCGAGCGUCCCUGCGCCGACCCCCGCUGCAGGCUCGCAACGGAGCGCAUACAGGCCCAGCUCUCAGAGCUCCGCAAGCAGGUGGACAAGGUGAGGUCCGCCCAGCUCCAAUUCGCCCGCCGCUAUCGAGAGUUGAGGAGGGGGGAAGAGGGGAGGAAGAGCAGGCGGGCAAGGUCGUGUCCUGCCCCGCCGGCACCAUCCCCCGACCCCGCCCCCGGGCGAGGGCCGGCCCCCGGGCGAGGGGCGGCCCGAGGUCUCCGGGCGGCCUCCGGGCCUGUGGAAGCCUACGAUCCAACAAAGUACCCGUACCCGGACCACGCCCGCGCCUUGAGUUGAGUAUGGUUAUGGCACUUCUCUGUUGGGCUGGUGGUGGGUGUAUGUCGUCUAGGCUGACUUUUGACUUUCGCCCCCGUUCUGCAGACUUGCUUUUGGCAGAGUUCGAGGGUUUCCAAUUGGGGAGCGAGCCCACCGCCCGUCUGCGGAAUAACGUGGCCUCCAAACUGGCGAGGGUCAAGGCCUUCCUAGGCUUCAUGGCGACAGGCCACGCGGACCCAGAAACCUUGUCCUUCCUCAACCAACCGGCGCGCAUCCGAGCCUGGUCUGCCCUGCUAGGCCAAACGGGCAUGGCCGAGCCCACGAGGCAGCACUACCUGAAGAACGUGGCGCAGUUCCUGGAUUAUCUCUCCGAAACCCCGCCGGCCUCCUGCCGCCUCUCCAGUACCACCCUGGUGCUGAUUCGCAGGGAGCUUCGAGCUCUCAUUCGCGGCAUACGCCGCCGCGUCGUGGUGCACGAGGUUAGGACCAAGCAAGCCAAAGAAGGCAGACUCAUCUCCAAAGCCACCCUGCUACGCUGCCAUCGGACGGCUGGGAGAAAAAUACCUGCCCUUCUAGACGGCCUCGAGUCCAGCCCAGACACCAGGCAGCAGUGGCGCUUCUAUGGCUACCUGACCGGCUACCUGACCUGCAUCACGGGCCAUCGCUGUGGGGUCUUCCAGAACCUGACCAUCCAGGAGGUCCAAGAGGCUUCCAGAAGCCCGGACGAGUCCGCCUAUGUCAUAUACUGUCUUUAUCUGUGA